CGUGGAAAGGUUCUUGAGUUGUGUACUCCGUAGUAGGUGAUACAGCUAGUAUGUGCGGUGUUAGGCUCAAUAUGGCAAGUACGAUUGUGGAUGUAAGAUCUUGCUGCUCUGCUCGUGUUAUCCUCAAGGUCGCUCUCUUCACACCAAUAAUACUAGGUAGGGAAAUCCUUUUCAAUAAUAGAGAAUACCGCUAUUUUCCUCGAAUGAGUUAUGAGUACGAGCUAGGAGUUAGGCCAACUGUCUCGCACUUUCUAGCCACGUGCCAUCUAACCCAUACCAUAGUAAGUACUCAUCUACUUACCAAUUAGUCACUAGUCGUGGAAAUCGCAACUACUCGCAACCAACUGUUGAAGUUGAACUAACGGACGGUCAAUUCUAGAAUUCAUAGCAGGUUGCUUAUGUAAGACGGCACUUUGGCGCAAUUCCCAUCGCGGGGUUGACUAAAAAGAAAUAUAUUGUCUCCUUUCUUAUAUACAGAGUACUCGAGUACACUUACAUAUGUAACUACCUAGGUGAACCAGUGACCAUUAGCAGAUGUACAUUCAAAGAUACAUCCAGACACGUUCAUAAUUCAUUUCCCAGUAUUUGAUAAUUAUCCACAACACAACAAAUUGGUAUAUCUACAUCUAACCCAAUGGGUGCAGAACAAUCUUCCCCGGGGAGAGAUGCACAAAGUAAUGGCGGGAUAGUCAUGAAAACAUGUUACUAUGAAUUAUUGGGCGUCGAACGACAGGCUUCGGAUGAUGAGUAAGAAUUUGAAUAUAACUUCACAAAAUUAUCACAAGAUUAAUUUACCGGCUUUAGGAUCAAGAAGGCCUACAGAAAGAAGGCGCUGGAACUUCAUCCCGAUCGAAAUUAUGGUAACGUCGAAACCGCCACCGCAAAGUUUGCCGAAGUUCAGUCUGCCUACGAAGUCUUAUCGGAUCCCCAAGAAAGGGCCUGGUAUGACUCUCACCGGUUAUCAAUACUAGGAGGUGGUGAUCCUGCGGAAGACGAUUUUGCAGAAAAUAUUCGAAUGACAAGCGCGGCACAUAUCGUAAACUUGAUUGGGAAAUUUGAUUCCACCGUUCCAUUCACCGAUGCUGCAAACGGAUUCUUUGGCAUACUUCGAGAGACAUUUGCGUCCCUUGGGAGAGAGGAGAAUGCUGCAUGCGCUUGGGAUGGCCUUGAAAUCGUCGAUUAUCCUGAUUUUGGGACAGCCGAGGAUAACUACGAGGACGUAGUCAAAGACUUUUACAGAACCUGGGCGAACUUUACCACACAAAAGUCAUUCUCGUGGAAAGAUCUGUAUCGGACCUCCGAUGCGCCGGAUAGGGCAACUCGUCGAUUGAUAGAGAAGGAGAAUAGAAAAGCCCGGGAUGAGGCCAAAGCAGAGUUCAAUGAUGCUGUCAGACACCUUGUCUUGUUUGUGCGCAAGAGAGACCCCCGCUUCACUCCGAAUUCACAAACGCAGGCAGAGAGACAGAAAAUAUUGCGUGAUGCUGCUUCAGCCCAAGCAGCCCGUCAACGAGCUGCAAAUCAGGCCAGGAUGAAUAAUCAUGUGGUUCCAGAAUGGGCGAAACCGGAAGAUACUGAAGAAGUCAUCGAAGAAUCAUCCGAAGAGUCUGAGGUUGAAGUAUUAGAGUGCAUUGUUUGUAACAAAACAUUCAAAAGCGAGAACCAAUUCGAGGCGCAUACAAAGAGUAAAAAGCAUAUCAAAGCUGUACAUGCUAUCAAGAAGCAAAUGCGCAAAGAAAAUAAAUCUCUGCAUUUAGAUACACCACCAGAACGAGGAAAUAGCACUUUUGAAAUCGAAAGGCUUGAAAUUACUUCAGGCAAUGCAAAGCGUGAGUCUACUGUUGACGAUGAAACAGAUGUUGAGGAAGUGGAAGCUCCGUCAUACAACAAUGAAUCGGCUUUCAGCAAACCGAAUGAUCCAGCCAACGAUGAUUCCGAUAUUGAAAGUCUAGAUGAUGAUUACGCACCCAGAACAGCAGUUGAGGAAAGGUUAGCAGGAGAAAUGUCAGUGGAUGAAAUCUCUAUUAGAUCCGAGGAGUCAAAUCGUGAUCAAAAGUCAAAUAGAGAUAAAGCACCAGAUGCUUCUAGCAAUACAACUCCUAAAAAACCUCUCGGAAAAGCGAAAGCCAAACGUGCCAAAAAAGCUGCUCAAAAAGAGGCUUCCGAGCAGCAGGGGCAAAGCGUGAGUUGCCUCCUUUCAAUCAUCGGUUGAUGCUGAUAGACUUCCAGUUUAAAUGUGCGGAUGUCUCAUGUCAUGAGUCGUUCCCCUCAAAAAGCAAGCUCUUCAACCACGUCAAAGAGUUCGGCCAUGCCCAACCUGUACAGAAAGCUGGCAACUCAAAAAAGAGAAAAUAGAGUGUGAGUGGCUAAAUGAAUUUUGGAGCAUUGAGUGUGGUUUAUGGUAGCUUUAUACCCUUAUUCGUACAUCGAGGCGUUUUAGAGAAGGAUGGUAUUACUCAGGGCACAAAAUUUAAUGACCCUACUCAUCAAAAACUAUACACUAACUCAAGUCGUUUUGCAUUGUGGUUAUUUCCAAGCAUUCCAACUUUCAUAAGCCAGACUUAAGAUUAAUACAAAAAUUUAGUUUGAAG